UCGGUAGCCUUUGCUGUGGUGUAGGUGGGUUGUCAACAGCUCUGUUUAUUUCCUUGUGAGGUGUAAUUAAUGCUAACAAAGAUCUUGGAGAAGACCCUGAGUGGAGAAGGAACAUUUGAGGCAGGCUUGUGGAAGCAUCUGCUGUGGGCUGAAGCAAUCAGGAAUAGAAAAUCCAAUCAUGAUUCUAAUUCUGUGACAUGGGGGUUUGGGCCUUUUGGAGAACAUGCUGUGAAUGCCAGCUGGAUUGCAGUGCAGGAGCUGGAGAAGCUGGGGCUGGGGGAUGAUGUGGAUCUGCAUGUCUAUGAGGUCCCUGUUGAGUACCAGACCGUGCAGAGGCUCAUCCCUGCCUUGUGGAAGAAGCACAGUCCCCAACUGGUGGUGCACGUGGGAGUGUCAGGCAUGGCCACCACUGUCACCCUGGAGAAGUGUGGCCACAACGUGGGCUACAAGGGGCUGGACAACUGCCGCUUCUGCCCGGGCUCGCAGUGCUGCGUGGAGGGCGGCCCCGAGUGCAUCGACUCCAUCAUCGACAUGGACGCUGUCAGCAGCAGGGUGUCAGCCCUGGGGCUGGAUGUCACUGUCACCAUCUCCAAGGAUGCUGGCAGGUACCUCUGUGACUUCACCUACUACACCUCCUUGUACCAGAGCCAUGGGAGGUCAGCAUUUGUCCACGUGCCUCCUCUGGGAAAACCUUAUUCUGCAGAACAGCUGGGCAGGGCCCUGCAGGCCAUCAUAGAGGAAAUGCUGGAUGUUUUGGAGCAUUCUGAAGACAAAAUCAAUUGUCAACAUGAACACUGAGCCUGCCCAGGAGCUCUCCUAGUAUUGCACUUCCAAAAUUUUUUAUUUUUUUUUUCCCUGCUGCCGAAGUAUUAGGGGAAAAAAAAGCAAAAAAAAAAAAAAAAAAAAUGUUCCAGAUCAAGAAUUGGAGACUCAAAAAAAAAAAAAAAAAAAAAAAAAAGGAAAAUUCAACAAAUUCUACUUCUAGAAAUUAACUUUUUUUUUUGUUGUUGUUGUUGAAUCUGUGAGUUUCAGCCUGAGCAACAAAGGAUUGAAAAAAUCUCUUCUCUAAAACAUCUGCAGCUCCUCAUUCCUGAGGGAGGAGUUUCCAGGGGAUGGAUCCUCACCUGCCAGAUCCUCCCUGGGACAUUCCUCACCUGGACUCAGCCUUCAGCUGCAGGGAAUUGCUCACCCAGCCCUCUCCUGGCUCAUUCUUGAGUUGGAAGGUUUGCUUUCAGUUGGUUUUGGGUUUGUUUCCCCCCCUCUCUUGACCCAAAUUCAAGGUGAUGAUGUGGGGAGAGCAGCUGGAGUUGGGAUGGAGUGGGAUUGUCUUGGAGAGCAGAGUCUGGUGGCUGUGAGGAGCCUGAAAUUGCUUGGCUGGAGUGGAAACUGAUUUUAGGCACUGAUUCCUCACUCCACAUCCUCCAGAUACCCACAGGGUCUCUGUAGCUGCAGCAGAAGGGAUGUUCCUUUUGGAACCCAAAUCCAGCUGGAUUUUUUUCUUUUUUUUUUUAAUUGUUGAGCCUGACUCCUAAAUCUUUCUAAAUCUCUUUUCCUGCCUCUCUCUUGGCCACCUCCCUCCCUGGAGUCAAUCAUGGACCUCCUGCAGCAAACACCUCAGUCCAAGUGUGUCUAAAACCAAUUAUUAGUGGGUAAAGAGCUUUGCUGAGGGCCACUUUCCCCACUGCAGAUCUUUAUCCUGGGCUCUUGGUGCUCAAUGCUGUUUUUGAGGUGAAGCUUGAGUAAUUUAAAACUUCCUGAGCUGCAGAUUUUCCCUCUUGUUCCAGGUUAGGAGAGUAAUACUCAACUGAGAUCCCAGUUCCUAAUUGGUUGAGUGGAGGCAAAAAAAAAUGCAGGUGGAAAGACACCCUUGCAAAAUCAAAUAUUUCCAGAUUUUCAACCCAAUCCCAGUGCCUGGAAAGCAGAGGCAGUGAUUUGAAAUGAAGGAAUUGUGCUCAGAGGGAGGAUUUGAGGCUCUUUCUUGCUGUCCCCUCCCAAUGGGAGGGGGUAAAAGUGAUGCUGCUUGUGGGAGCUUUCCCAGGAGUUAUUUUGGGGAAGGGCACCUGCAGCAUCUCAGCAGUGGGUGAUGCUGGUCUUGUGUGGAGAUUUUGCUGCCAAAUUCUUGAGAUUUCAGCAAAAA